AUCAAUAUUACACGGAGCAAGCAAUGUCUUUCUGAGCAGCUUCGCGUUGUGUAGCAUUCCUUACUGAGUACUUGUGCAAUAAGAUUGUGAGUACACACCUGGGGCUUAGCAUUUUUUUUGAUUUCUUACCUUUACCACAUCAGCUGUAAAGCGUUACCCUGAAAAAUGGCUAAAGUUAAAUGUGAUCGUUUUUGGACGAUUUGAAGAGCAUUAUAUACAGCUAAAUACUACAGGAUUAACUGUUCGGACAUUCAAUAAUCCGUAUUAGAUAAUGACCCUAUCUCUUGAAGAAUACAGCAAAUGGUAUGGGGAAUGGCAUGGAUGUUUGAGCCUGAUCGUCUGCUGUUUUGGAAUACCAACAAACGUCAUCAACAUCUCGGUUCUGAGCAGAAAGCACAUGCACACACCAAUCAACACAAUAUUGACAUGGAUAGCCUUUUUCGAUAUUAUAACUAUGGCAGCAUACUUGCCCUUCGCUAUACACUUUUAUAUCGAGUAUUCACCCAACUCCUUGUCCCCAGAGAAAAAUAGUUACGGAUGGAUGAAUUUCCUUUUGUUUUACGUUAACUUGUCCACUCUCACCCAUACCGUUUCUAUCUGGCUCGGGGUCUCCUUGGCCAUAUUCCGCUACAUCCAUAUACAGUCGCCGGAAACUGGGAAUUUGACUUCUAUGCGAAGAAUAAUUCGUUGUCGUAUAGUCGUUUUCGUCGUCUUAGUGGGCUCAAUUCUUCUUUUGAUCCCAAGCUACAUGUCGUCAAAGCUUGUCCCAUACAAAAGUAACGAGACCAAUCUGCAGAACACAUACGUUCUGGAAGAUCUUCGACUUGGCACGCCGCGGGUAAAAAUUAGUGUAUUCUCCAGCUUCGUUCUGUACAGUAUUGUCGCCAAAUUGAUACCGUGUUUCUUGAUGAUCAUUUUCGGAGCUUUGUUGCUAAAAACCUUGGACAAUCACGGACGUGUGACUCGCAAGAAGCUCUCUAAAUUAGGUGUUGUCAUGAAUCGCCCACAUACUUCUCGAACCACCAUCAUGCUGCUCAUAGUCAUGGUCCUAUUUUUAGUAACAGAACUCCCUCAAGGUAUUUUGCUCAUAUUAAGCCUGACCAUUGAAGACUUUUUUGACAGGGUGUACAUUCCUCUUGGAGAUACAAUGGAUAUUCUUGCCUUAAUAAACAACAGCAUUAACUUUGUAUUAUAUUGCUCCAUGAGUAUAGAAUUCCGCCGAACUAUCUCGAAAUGGAUUUGUCAGUGUGCUAAAGGAAACCUCUUUAUUAAUGACAACCAGAAUGAUUUGGAGAUGAAAAAUCAGAAUUCGAUCGAGACAAAGAAAGGCGGAAAUGUAAAUUCGGCAGGAAACACUACAACUGACGACAUGCAGACAGGUCUUCAAUUAACCGGAAGUGGGGAAUCUUACAGCACGACAGAAAUCAACAGCCCUUGCUGCAAGUCAAUAUCUGACGUCCAUAUAAAUGGCGAUAUUGUAUAUAGUCAAGUGUCCACGGAGGCCGAAGAGAGCGAGAAACUUUGCCCUGAAGUAAACGAUGACGACGACGUUUCAGACUCCGAGACCGUUCCGUUAUCGCCAAGCAGUGCUCCUUCUGGUCCAUGCACUGUUUAAACUGUCCGCUGUUCGGAACUUGGAGGGUCGGGAUGUUUCAACUGUGAAGUAGUAAUUAUCAGGGGGAAUGGGUCUCAACAAUUCUGUAUCGAUAUUGAUUAUUGUUCGAAUAUUACCAUGCUAGCAUUAUUUCAAGUCAUAAAAAGACGGUUUGUUGCUGAUGAAAUUACAGCAACUGAAAGGUUAAGACAAUUUUGAUGAUUUAAUAUGUCGUAAAUAUUUGUAUAAUGAGACACACAUUGAAUUCAAGACGUAACAAACUCAAGGCAAGAUUCAACUAAGAUAGCUAUGUAUUUAGGUUAAUAAUGGGGAAGCAAAUUUGACAUGCAAACCAAUCUUAAAUACUAAAAUACUAUUAUAAAGGGUGGUGAAAAGAGGGCAAGACUAAUAGGCACGCGACCGUUGUGAUGAAAAAUUUACAGCCAUGACUGUUUUACAGCUCAAAAUAAACAGUUUCUUCCUGUUUUGAUUAUGGUUUACUACCAUUACUAGAAUCUUAGCAUUGGUUGCAAAUAUUUUGCAAUCUUUCUUUGUUUAUUUCCUCAAAAAUUUCGUCCAUUUUGUAUUUUCAACUGAGAAAUACAUGCACCAUGUUUUGUUGAUUAAUAACAGAGUAAUACAUCUCUUAUAAUGAAAAAGUACAGCAUACAGAACACUUGUUAAUUUAAUAUUUUGUUAUUUGUUUAUCGAUAUAGACAGUUUAUUUCUAAUAAUAUAAUUCUGACAUGACACAACAAAGAUAAGAACAGUGAAAAUCGACUGUAUGUACAUGAAAUUAAGUAUACAAUGUAGUACCUAAUGUUUGUGUUUUGUGUAUUCAAUUGUUAAUUUAAUUGUUAUCAUUUUCAUUACAAAUGAUUGUAAAGGUAAGACAUAUAAAUUCAAAACCGAAAGUAAAAUACAUCGCAAAAAAGUUAAAAUUAAUGUAAAUAUAAAAACAAUUGAAGCAUACAGUCGAAAUAAAUACAUGUACAUAUUGUAUAUAUCGACAAAAAGAUGAUCUUUUCUUUAAAACUCUGGUUAUGUUUUGUAAAUUACUUGUUGUAUAUGUAUUUGAACCCUGUUUCUGGAUCUGUUAUGUUUUAUCUAGAGCAGUUGAAUGUUUUGUGAAAUACUUGAUACCCUGUUAUGAUAUGUUAUUUUUCAUAAAUACAUAUGAAAACUUUUAAAGUUAUUAAAUAAAUCUGUGGUCU